CAAAUCCUAUGAGAAGAGGGGAAAAUGAAAAGUUGAGCGUAGUGACAGAGAGAAGGUAGCGAGAACUUUCACAUAGUUACCAAACACAUAAAAACAUCAUCAGAGAUCGACGAGGAAACUGAGCGAACAAUGUGGAGCUCCACUACGAGGAUGAUGGUGGCCGUUGCAGCCGUCACGCUCAUGAUUUUUCUCUCAUCGGCGUCGGCCGACGACGUCGUUGCACUCACCCAGAACACCUUCGAAAACGAGGUUGGCAAGGAUCGUGCCGCUCUCGUCGAGUUUUACGCCCCCUGGUGUGGACAUUGUAAAAAGCUUGCCCCGGAGUACGAACAACUCGGAACGAGUUUCAGGAAAACGAAGUCGGUUUUGAUUGCGAAGGUGGAUUGUGAUGAACAUAAGAGCGUUUGCAGUAAAUACGGGGUUUCUGGCUACCCUACCAUUCAAUUUUUUCCCAAGGGAUCUCUACAGCCAAAAAAGUAUGAAGGUGCACGGACUGCGGAAGCCCUUGCUGCCUUUGUGAACCUUGAAGCAGGUACUAAUGUGAAGAUAGCUUCUGCUCCAUCCAGUGUGGUAAUUCUCUCCCCAGAUAACUUUGAUGAGGUUGUCUUGGAUGAAACAAAAGAUGUUCUGGUGGAAUUCUAUGCACCAUGGUGUGGUCACUGCAAGGCCCUUGCCACUACUUAUGAAAAGGUUGCUGCAGCAUUUAACCUGGAUGAAGAAGUAGUUAUAGCCAAUGUUGAUGCUGACAAGUAUAAGAAUUUGGCUGAGAAAUAUGGUGUUACUGGUUACCCUACGCUGAAGUUUUUCCCUAAGAGCAAUAAAGCUGGUGAAGAUUAUAGUGGUGGUCGUAGUUUGGAUGAUUUUGUAGCCUUCAUCAAUGAGAAAUGUGGUACAUACCGUGAUGGAAAAGGGCAGCUUAGUUCUAAAGCUGGUAUUGUAGAAUCUCUGGAUGGCUUGGUGAAGGAGUUUGUGAAUGCUGAUGAUAAUGACAAGAAGGCAGUAUAUUCCCGGCUUGAGGAGGAAGUUAAGACGCUCAAGGGUUCUGCUGCCAGAUAUGGCAACCUCUACUUAAAACUUGCCAAAAAGAGUAUGGAAAAGGGUACGGACUAUGCAAAGAAUGAAAUUCUUCGUCUAGACCGCAUGCUUGAGAAGUCAAUCAGCCCAGCAAAAGCAGAUGAAUUCACUCUGAAGAAGAACAUCUUAUCAUCGUUUGCUUGAUCUUACUGUAAUAGAAGAGUAGUUUAUUUCAGUUAUGCAGGGAGACAUAAUUUGUAAUUCUCCAGUUUCUAGGUGUUACCACCCUAGUUUUCUAGAUGUGCCACUUCUUAUAAAUAGUAUUUCAAGCACAUUUUUGUACUGAUCACUUACCAGUGUCGUAAAAUUAAACAGAAGUACAAUUUUCAUGUAAGAAAUCAUCAUACUCUAUGAUGCUCAGGCUAGAUUGUUAUUGUCUUUUGUUUUUGCCUUCAAUCUGCCUACAACUGCAAUCUCUUUUAAAA